CCAUGCUGCCAGGCGAUGCCUCAGCUUGGGAGCUCCAAACGAGAAUGGAAACCUCUGGAGGAUCGCUGCUGCACAGAUAUACCAUGGCUGCUGCUGUUCAUCCUCUUCUGUCUUGGAAUGGGGUUAAUUUGUGGCUUUUCAAUAGCCACUGGAGCAGCUGCAAGAUUGGUUUCAGGAUAUGACAGUUAUGGAAAUAUCUGUGGACAGAAAAAUGUAAAAGUGGAUGGAAUAAUGAACAGUGGUUUAGAUCUGACACAAAAAAAGUAUGUGUUCUUUCUGGAUCCAUGCAAUGUAGACCUGGUACAUCGGAGGAUCAAGUCAAUUGCUCUAUGUGUUGCAGCUUGUCCAAGGAAAGAGCUCAGAACUCUGGCUGAUGUUCAGAAAUUUGCAGAAACUAAUGGAUCAACUUUAUGUAGCUAUGGCCUACAGCCAUCUGAGUACACUUCAGAUCCCAAAGCCUCUGAGUUGUGUCCUAAGCUCCCAGUUCCAGAGAGUGCACCUAUUCCAUUCUUCCAUCGCUGUGCUCCUGUGAACAUUUCCUGCUAUGCCAAGUUUGCAGAGGCCCUGAUCACCUUUGUCAGUGACAGUAGUGUCUUACACAGGCUGAUUAGUGGAGUUAUGACCAGCAAAGAGAUUAUAAUGGGACUUUGCUUGUUAUCACUAGUGCUGUCCAUGAUUUUGAUGGUCAUAAUCAGGUACAUUUCAAGAGUACUUGUUUGGAUCUUAACAAUUCUUGUCAUUCUGGGAUCACUUGGUGGCACAGGCGUACUCUGGUGGCUGUAUGCUCAGCAAAAAACAUCCAUCAGUGAAACCCUCACAGCUGAUGAGCUUCAAAUAGCUAAAGACAAUCUUCAGGCUCUCCUGGUCUAUGCCAUUUCAGCUACGGUCUUCACAGUUAUCCUGUUCUUGAUAAUGAUAGUCAUGCGCAAGCGAGUAGCUCUCACCAUUGCCUUGUUCCACGUGGCUGGCAAGGUCUUCAUCCACCUGCCGCUGCUAGUCUUCCAGCCAUUCUGGACUUUCCUUGCGCUCAUCCUGUUUUGGGCCUACUGGAUCAUGGUCCUGCUGUUCCUUGGCACUACAGGUAGCCCUGUCUCCAAUGAACAAGGAUUUGUGGAGUUCCGGGUUUCGGGCCCUCUGAGAUACAUGUGGUGGUACCAUGUAGUGGGGCUGAUCUGGAUCAGCGAGUUCAUCCUUGCCUGUCAACAAAUGACUGUGGCAGGGGCUGUUGUGACGUACUAUUUUACAAGGGAGAAAAGGAAUCUGCCAUUUACUCCUAUUUUGGCAUCAGUAAAUCGUCUGGUGUGUUAUCACCUGGGAACAGUGGCAAAAGGUUCCUUCAUUAUCACAUUAGUGAAGAUACCACGAAUGAUCCUUAUGUAUAUUCACACCCAACUCAAAGGAAAAGAAAAUGCUUGUGCUCGCUGUAUGCUGAAAGCCUGCAUCUGCUGCCUUUGGUGCCUAGAAAAGUGCCUGACUUACUUAAAUCAGAAUGCAUAUACAGCCACAGCUAUCAACAGCACCAACUUCUGCACCUCUGCAAAGGACGCAUUUGUCAUUCUAGUGGAGAAUGCUUUGCGAGUGGCUGCCAUAAACACAGUGGGAGACUUCAUGCUCUUCCUAGGAAAGGUCCUGAUUGUCUGCAGCACAGGUUUGGCAGGGAUUAUGUUGCUGAACUACCAGCGGGAUUACACAGUGUGGGUGCUGCCUCUCAUCAUUGUCUGCCUCUUUGCUUUCCUGGUUGCUCACUGCUUCCUGUCAAUCUAUGAGAUGGUGGUGGAUGUUCUCUUCUUAUGUUUUGCAAUUGAUACAAAAUACAAUGAUGGAAGCCCUGGCAGGGAAUUCUACAUGGACAAAGUUCUCAUGGAGUUUGUGGAGAACAGUAGAAAAUCAAUGAAAGAAGCUGGCAGGGGAGGUGGAGCUGACGGUAGAGAGCUGAAACCAAUGGCCUCUGGAGCAAGUUCAUCUUGAAACUAGCCAGCCAUUAUGGAACCCAUUGACAUUCCAAAACAAUAUUUAUAUAAGCAGCCAAAAUCAGAGAAAAGGAACAGGGAUUUAAUACUUUUUUUAACAGUUAUUUUUGUGAAACAUGUACUCUUUUCAUAUACGGGUGGCUUUUAAGAGCAACUAUCAUUGUUCCAUUUUUAUUUUUUUAAGUAAUUGUGGUCACAGAAAUAUGAAGAAUCUUACUUGAUUGACAUUUUAUAAUCUGGAAAACGAAUCAUUGGCUCAGAGUAUCAUGUAUCAGACUAUUUCCCUCAAAAUUAUCAAAGCAAUAUAGGGCAGGCCAUUUAGAAUUUGAUAUGAAAUUCAAACAAAAUUAUAGGGAAAUACUUCAAAUAAGAUAGAAUUUUAGAAGGGGUUUUAGUAAGAGCUGUCAAACCUUGUUUGUAGUUCAUCAUUUUACUUUACGACUCUGGGGCGUAGUAGGUUACACGUUCAGUUUUGUUUCGAAGUUUCGGAUGAUAUCAAAAUAACCAACUCCUCAGGUAUUCAGAUGUUGUGGGCACCCCUGCAUCUUUUGUGAAAGAGAAACUAGAAAAUGGGAAAGGAUCAAUUUAUAUGCAACUUCUUCCUGUUUUACAUUAUUCCCUGACCCUCCCCUUGAGUUCCUUUGCACUUCAGCAAUGCUCCUUUGAAGGGUAUGAACUCUCCAAAGGAGCAGCUGAACAACCUGCUCUUUAAUGCUCAGCCUUAGCCCUACUCACCAAUUCGGGAUUAAAUGGAAGGAUGCUGGGGAGUGGGGACAGAAACAAACUAUACAAAACUGUACUGUAAGUUUUAUUUUCUUAACUCCAGAGAGAUUUGGGAAGUGCAAGUGUAAAUGGCCAAUCCUUGGCUGUUGUCUCAUCCAUAUUUGUACGUACUGUAGCAGGCGGGUAAACCAGGAAAGGGCAGCUAGGUGCUUCUUUGGAAGUAUCACUGCCAUGGGAUCAAAGUGAUCAAAUGUUCAAAAGAGAACUUUUUUCAUUCCUUAAGCUUACCAGAUAUGAAUGCUAAUAUUUCAUUGUUCAGCUUCUUGUAAUGGUAAAUGCUUAAAGUGUAUUUGCUAAGAAAUCAUGAUCUGUCUAUGCGAUAUACUCCUUUUGUUACAAUUUUUUAAGAAAACUAUUUUUGUUAAUGUAAAGUUAAUAUUUCAGAGCAGAAUUUUUAAACUUAUUGCACUAAAUACAAAGCUCUGUAAGAAGAAAUAAUGCCUCAAUGGUUUGUUCACUCCAUACAAGAAAAUCUUUUGAAAGAUAGCAGCCCUUCUGGAUAGGCUUUGCCAAUGGAUUAGAGGUGGGUGGGUAUGUAUGUGUGUGUGUGUGGAGGAGCAUACAAUUAAUGUCACCAUGGUUUUAAGCUGUUUGCUUAUGUGCUUCCUUUCAAAGGAUCAGACCUUUAAAUUGCUGGCAAAAGUCAAAUGGUCACCUGUAUCUUUUUUAAUCAGUGCUCUUAACUACUGGUGAUAACUAAACACUUCGGUUUUGUUCCCAAGUCAUUUGAUACUGUCAUUUUUUCACAUCUCUUGCAAUAAAUCAGAAUUACUCUUCUCAUAUCUCAGAAACCAAACAGGAUGAAAAGUCAAUUUAGAAAGUAGCUGCUUGGGGAGACAGGGAGUACUAGCUUGGGCUUCAAUCCUGCAGACACUUAUAUACCAGCUUAACUCAAUGUGGUUCCAUUGACUUCAAUAGAACUGCUCACACUGGCAAAGUUAUGCCUGUGUAAGUAUUAACCAGGUCAGAGGUUUAGUCUAGGAUUCCAGUGGGAGCAUUGAGCAGGUCUCAUUUAAUAUGAGCUAGCUGUCUGCUAGGAUAUCUAGAAGGUAGAUAAACCUUUGUGCACAGAAGGAAUUGUUGCUGUAGCAGUAAGCAAAAGCACAAUGGCUCUGCUGCAGCUCUGCAUUUUGGACACUAAAUAGAUCAGUGUGGUUUGCCAAUGCAAGUUAAG